CGGAGCCUCCCCGCGGCAGGACCUUUUCCGGCGCCGCUGCUGCUCAGCCUCAUGGACGUGAACUUGCAAUUCUGGAGCACGGAGGGCAAAUCUUUUUUCCAAAGAUUUCUUCACUGGGCAGAUAUUUUAGACCCCACAGUCUUACUGAAUUCUAAUGAAACAAUAGAAAAAUCCAGAUUACUCUUACAAACCAGUGCUCAGACUCUUCAAGAGCCUUUACAGGACAAAAAGGUAAAAGAAGCCUGGAAGCUAAGUCUGUCCUCUGUGCACCCUGGUACUGGCGAGAUAAUUCCCCUUGUGUUUAGACCACCAGCUUUCCUGCCCUUAGCCACCCCACUGAUUUUUGCUAGUUUACUACCACACAGAGGAGCAAAGCAAGCAUUGAUUUGGCAGUUCCUAUUUCAUGCUUACACUGCUGGAUUCACCAUAGCAAAUGGAAAUGCUACAGCUAAAGCUGAAGAAACUGCAUUGCCACAAAAGCUGCCACAAAAGCAACUCCUUCUGUACACAGGUGCCGUCUCUUAUUCAGCAUGUAUGGGAGCAUUUCCUUACUUUGUCAUGACACAACAUAGACUGAGUGGUCCUAUGCAAACGUUCUUCAGAAAAAUUUUGCCCAUUCCACUUCUUGCCAGCCUGAGUGUAUUUAAUGUGAUGAUUGUCCGAGGAACUGAGUAUGAGAAUGGAAUUGAAGUUAUGGACAAGAAUGGCAAGGUCAUAGGAGUGUCACAAAAAGCUGGGCUGAAGGCAGUACAAGACACAGCUUUAUCAAGAGCAGCCUUGUUUGGGACAGCAGUAAUUAUUCCCGAGUCUCUUCUCUACUUCUUGAACCGUGUUGUUGCUUAUGUCCCAAUCCUGCAUUGUCAUCCAUAUGUGGACAAUAAUGCAGGAUCUGGGCUCAAAAUAAUAGUAAAGAAGAACACGCACACGGUAGGGAGCAAGGGAAUAGCAAGAACCUAA